ACACCAGGGGACAGCCACCAGAGACGCACGCUGUUCCGGUAUUGUACAGGACUGGUCAAGCUAAGUCGCCGAGGAAAAGUCAACACCAAAAGGCCACAGGAAAACCCUUCUGAGGAGAGGGGCGACGAAUGCGAACGAAAGGUUGCUAAUAUCACGUGAUAUCAAAACACCGAGCCCCUGACGAGCGCCCGCCCGCAGACUAAAGAGCACACCGAGCUCCGGUCUUGGAACCCAGCGAGAACCUUGCUGCCAUGAAGACGCUGCUGAUCCUUGUGGCCGUGUUGGCAGCCACCGCCACCGUCACGGAACCACGAAGGACCUCCGCGAGUGUCUGCGAGGGAGGCGAUGAUAAAGGUGGCCAUGAGAGAAGUGAAACUGACUGGGGCUACGGAGACCACAACGGCCCCGACACCUGGCCGGACACCCACCCGACGUGCGGCGGCUCCAAGCAGUCCCCCGUGGCGCUCGACACACGCCAAGCUCUCCUGAACACCUCUUGGGCACCCUUCGAGUUCACGGGCUACAAUUACUUGCCGCCCUACAUGGAAGUCACCAACACGGGGCACGCAGUCCAGGUCAGCGCAACGAUCCACGCGUCUGUGUCCGGCGGGAACCUGCACGGCAAGUACAUCUUCUCGCAGUUCCACUACCACUUCGGCGCCGAGAACGACCGCGGCUCCGAGCACACCGUGAAUGGCAACAGGUUCCCGGCGGAGGUUCACUUGGUGCACUACCUGGAAAGAUACGGCAGCUUUAGUGAGGCACUGAAACACGACAACGGGGUGGCGGUGCUGAGCGUGAUGCUGGAACUGUCUUCGGAGGACAACCCAUUUCUCAAGCCCAUCGUUGAAGCUCUCACAGAAAUAACCAACCCUGGAGAGUCUGCCUCCAUCACCCCCUUCCCCAUAUCGUACGUCCUGCCGAGCAACACUGACAGCUUCUUCCGCUACGAGGGCUCCCUCACUACCCCGGAAUGCAACGAGGUGGUGGUGUGGACGGUCUUCAGGGAAACCACCCCUAUAUCGGAGGCACAGCUGGAGGAAUUCAGAAAACUGAAGGGCGCUCAUGGUGAACCCUUGGCAGACAACUACAGGCCCACCCAGGAACUCAACGGUCGCCAGGUGUACAUGUCCUAGAUGUACCAAGUGCCAUGCCAGCUGCCCUGACCCUCACACCUGAAGAUCCUGACAUCUCCCACACGUGAAGUACAAACAGGAAAGAAGGACACUAGUCAUGGCGAUGGUGAGGGGGAUAAACACUGCCGCGCAUCCCACCAUGACCGGAGUGUUGACAAGCCAAGCAUUCUUGAUUGAUCUUUUAAACCUUGCAAAGGGGUGUCAUUUUUGGUUUUAAUCUAGACUACAGGAAGCAGUCACAUUUUAUUGUGCCAAAACUAGUUUUAAUUUGUUAAAAUAAAAAAUUAUAUCAAUACAUACGAUACCAAA